GGGCGCUCAGAGAGGGGGUGCGCUUUAGACGGAAGCGCAGCUGCUGAGCGGUCAGAGGGGCUCGGAGCCCGGGGACACUACCUGGGGACAGCGGAGCAGCAGCCAGAAUCGGAGACCUGCUGGACUAACAGCUGGACGCGGACAGACGGCGGCGGUGGCGGCGGCGGCUCCAGUGGGGUUCUAGAGCUAGAGCCCGAGAGAUUCUGGCAGUCUGUGAAGGGGCAGCGGAGGUGGCGCCGAACCUGCCAGAGAAAACCGAGGCGGCGGAGGCGAACUCAGGCGGCGAGAAGAAGCACUCCCGAGGGAGAGGGGGCCUCCCUGAGAACAGGGAGGAAAAGAGGGACCCAGUCUGGGUUGGAGGGCAGGGGUGUGGAUUGUCGGGCGGAGUGGGGUCACUGGCACACACUCUCUCCCCGGGAGCCGUCCUGCUAGUCUCUAUUGUGGUUGGGCGGUUGCCCAAUCCUCCCCCGAGGGAGCGGUAGGGAAGUGUGAGCAUCGCUCCUACUGUGGUCGGGCUCCGUGGACCCAGUGGUCACAGAGGCGAUAGGGUAGCCCACACUGGAAGGAGAGAAUCGGCUACUGCCUCCAAUGGGAAUCCCCCUGCUUUUCCCCUCCCUAAGAGCCCCGGAUCUGAGAGUCCUGGGUAGAGCCUGCCCUGGCAGAGGGUUCUGCUUCCCGUUCUGGGAACUCCCAGCUCCUCAUGGCCCAGAAGGAAAACACCUCCUCAAAUGAAGAAAGUCCCACCUCAACCAGUAACUUAUUGCUUGACCUUGGGCAAGUCUCUGAAUUUCUCUAAGCUUUUUUUCCCUUCUGUUCAAUAAGAGGGAUUGGAUCAGAUAUUUGGAGUCCUUCAAAUAUUUGGAUUCUUUGAGGGAGGAGAGCUGUGCCCAUUGCCCCUGUAUACUCACGGGCAUGACCUGUAGAGUUAACCUGUUGGCCCUGCUCUCUUCCUAUCCCAGUCACCCCAAAGAGACCUGGUUCUUGCUCAAAGUUGAGUUAUAUCAGAUUGGGCAGGCACCCUGGGAUCUGGGGGGUAUCGGAAACAAAAGGCAUAUGGUUCAGUCCCUGAGACCAAGGCAGCAGAGUUCUCUGCCAAAAGGAAUAGGAAGAUAAGAAUGGAAGACUGGAUUGGAGCAGGCCCCUUCAGGUAGAGAUUGGGAGGAAAAUGAACAUUCCUCUUCUUUCCUUUCCACCUCUGUGACGCCCCAUCAUUGCACAGCAUCCAUCCCUCUUGCACACCUUCCCACCUGAUCCUAGGUAGCCUAGUGGACAUAUGCAGUCCAGGAGAAGGAAAUAUCUUUGGCUGAUAUUUUCAGCCUCCUGGCUCCUCCUUGUCCUCUUAGGGGCUCCUCGUCUCCGACAGCUUGCCAUCCCCCCCAGCCUGAGACCCAGGACACUGACCAGCUGGCCCCGAUGGCUGGAUCAGGAGCUUCUACCAAAUUUUGUGGAGCCCGAGGAGCUGACCAAAGAUCCCUGCCCACCCUCCUGUAGCACCCGCCAGUGGCAGAGACAGAGGCCUGGCUGCCUCAUGGAGACAUGCUUUGAUACUUCCAGGUGCCAGAGCCACGGCUUCAAGGUGUUUGUGUACCCUGUAGGGCUGACCCAGCCCAUCUCUGAAAUUCACCAUAAAGUCCUGGCUUCCAUCGAGGGAUCCGGCUACCACACAGCCAACCCUGAGGAGGCUUGUCUCUUUGUCCUCCCAGGGGAUGCCCUGAGCCCCCAGCUGCUACCACUAUGGAAUGGAGGGCAGAAUCAUCUCAUUUUCCAUCUCCACCCAGGCUCUUGGCCUGAUCUGGGCUUUGAUUUGGGGCAGGCCAUGUUGGCCAGAGCCAGUCCCAAACCAGAGACAUUAAGGCUUGGCUUUGAUGUUGCCCUCCCACUCUUCCCCCAGAGUUACCCACAGAGGGGUGGGAGUCGAGGCCAGCUGGCCCAUCUUAUUCCCCCUCCUGGAGAGGACCUGUUGGCCUUUGAAAGCCAGUUAGACGCUCGGGUCACUGGCUCUUCCAACCACCUGGACCAGAGUACUAUUUUGAUCAUCAGUGAUCACCAUGGUGAGGCCAGCGAACAUCACAGAGAUGGGCCGUGUAAACAGGACCACAACACUGAUCAGUCUGAGGAUCAGAAACGCCUGUACAACUCUACCUUCUGCUUCAUUCCUCCGAACUGCCACCUGGGCUCCUUCCACCUCCUCCAGGCCCUGAAGGCAGGAUGUAUCCCUGUGCUACUGAGCAGUGGCUGGGAGCUCCCCUUCUCUGAGGUCAUUGACUGGGGCACUGCGACCAUCAUGAUUGAUGAGAGACACCUGCUCCAGAUUAAGCCAGCCCUGCAAGAGCUGCCCCCUGCCCGGAUCCUUGCCCUCCGCCAGCAGACCCAGUUUUUAUGGGAUGCCUACUUUUCUUCGGUGGAGAAGAUUGUCCACACCACCCUGGAGAUCAUCAGAGACCGGAUCUUUAGAGCAGCUGCCCGGCCCUGGCUGCUGUGGAAUGCCCCUCCUGGGGGGCUCCUGGCCCUCCCCACCUUCUCCACCCAGCCGGGAGACUUUCCCUUCUAUUAUCUGCAACGUGGCUCCCGUCCCUCUGGGAAAUUCAGUGCCCUGAUCUGGGUGGGGGCCCUGGACCAGCCCCCCCUGAAGCUGAUCCAGGAGGUGGCAGGCUCCCAGCACUGUGCCCAGAUACUGGUUCUCUGGAGCAAUGACAGUCCUCCUCCACCUCAGGGGAAGUGGCCCCAGACUACCAUGCCCCUGAUGGUCAUUGAAGGGAGAAAGAAGAAGAGCGACCGCUUCUUCCCUUAUAGUGCCAUUGGCACUGAUGCCAUCCUCAGCCUGGAUGCCCACAGCAGCCUUUCAACCAGUGAGGUGGACUUUGCCUUUGUUGUGUGGCAGAGCUUCCCAGAACGCAUUGUCGGUUUCCAGACCCAGAGCCACUUCUGGGAUGAAAUUAAGGGCUCUUGGGGCUACACAGACCAGAGGCCCAAUGAGUUCUCAAUGGUCCUUAUGGAUGCUGCCUUCUACCACAGGUAUUACCACGUCCUCUUCACCCACUUCUUGCCUGCUCCACUAAGGGACCUUGUGGAUGAGCUCUCGGAAUGUGAAGAUAUUUUGAUGAAUUUCCUUGUGGCUGAAGUCACCAAGCUUCCCCCCAUCAAAGUACCACAGAGAAAGCCGCUCCAGGAGGUUCUCCAGCAUGCCCAAGGGGAGCAGCCUUCCAGGGACUGCAUCAGCAAGUUUGCCUCAUGGUUUGGUCAUAUGCCUCUGGUGCAUUCACAGCUCCGCUUGGACCCUGUGCUCUUCAAGGACCAGGUGUCUGUCCUGAGAAAGAAGUAUCGGCACUUGGAGAGACUUUAGACCCGGGACGCUGCCCCUGCCUGAGCUCAUCAGGCUUCCCAAAGGCCUUGGGUGGUGAAAAAAGUAUCAGAGGAAGGUUUAACCGGGCACAUUCUACUUUCCUCCAGAGGACCAGUGGAGGGGGGAACACGGUGUGGAUGGGGCAUCCUAGUUUAAGAAUGGGGAUUCCCAUCCUGACUCUUCUACUUGCCCCAUGUGUGCCCCGAGCAAAUCACUGAACCUUUCUGGGGCCUUAGUUUCCUGGUCUGUCCAAUAAGAGGUCUGGACUAGCUGACCUCUGAGGCCCCUCCCAGCCCUGAAUACAGGAACCUCUGAGGCCCCUCCCAGCCCUGAAUACAGGAACCUCUGAGGCCCCUCCUAGCCCUGAAUACAGGAUCCUAGGAAUACAGGACUCCCUUCCAGCCUUAAGAUCCAAGAAGGCUCAUUAUUGCUUAGCCUGUGCUAAGAGGAAAGUAGGUGACCCCGCGGGUCUGCUGCAUUAUGCCUUGGGAGGAAGGGAACAGCCUGAUAUCUGGCUCCCAAAGGCUGAUUAUCUGGCACAGAGGGCCCAUGCCAAGACUUCUCAGGUCUUGAGAUGCUCAGGCGGGCACCCUCCCUGCCAUCCCUCCUGGCGCCACUAGAGGGCAGCACGAGGCCAGGCUCCUUGCCCGUGGCUGGGCUUUUCUCCCUGUCCUGGGCAACCUGGUUCAUAGUUGGGCAGCAGAAGGGGAGAGCCCAGGAGGGAUAUGUUUUACCCCCUCCACCAUCAGGAGUGAGGCAGGCUAAACCAGAGCUGGGGGAGGAAAUGGGGGGAGUGGAGGAGCAGUUCACUGGCCAGGGAUUAUUAGAGACACUUUUAAAUUGAGAAAAUCGCUGCAGAACCUGUGAGCCCAGCUGGAACCAGCCAAGACUGUACUGUCUGGGGCCAAUUCAGUACUCCCUCUCUCCAUCCCUCUCCAUCCCUCUCUCUCCCUGUGUCUCUCUGUCUCUGUCUGUCUGUCUCUCUGUCUGUCUGUCUCUCUCUCUUUCUCUCUCUCCCCCUCUCUCCCUCUCCCUCCCUUCCUCUCUCUUUUCCUUCCUCCUUCCCUCCCUCCCUCCUUCUCUCUCUCUCCCUCUCUCUCUCUUUCUGUCUCUUUCUGUCUCUCUCUUCCUCUCCCUUUCUUCCCCUCCCUCUCUGUCACUGUCUCUCUCUUUCUCCCUCCCUUCCUCCCUCUCUCUCUCCCACUCUUUCUUUCUCCCCCUCUCUUCUUCUCCCUCUCUCCCUCUCUCUGUCUCUGUCUCUCCCUCUCUCCUUCAUCCAUCUCACUUUUAUGGGGGAUGGGUGUGAAGGGACCCCACAGAAGCAUUGGGGUUUGACCCUCUGGAGACAGUCUCUUGGAGGGAAGGUGAGGCCUGGAGGAGGGGCUCCUAGGGAUGGAGGCAGAUGGGCAUCUUGAGACAAGAUCCCACGGUUUGCACAGCCUUUUCCUUAGGAUGACAGCUUUAAGGUGGAUAGUGGAUGAGCACUCCCAUUUUAUAAAGGGAGAAAAUGAGGCUCCCACAGGUGUAGUGCCUUAGACACUUGGCUAAGGGAGACCUUCCUCUUCCUGGAGGAUGUUUCUAAGUCUGGGAAAGACCUUAGGGCUGAUCUCAGCCAAGCCUCAUUUGAAUGGAUGAGGAAACAGUUAGAAGAACUGGACUGGAAGCUUAGUUCCACUAAUUGCCUCCAAGACAAACCUUUACUUCCUUGGCUUCCAUUUCCUCAUCUGUGAAAUGGGGGUGGAGGAGUGGAGUGGGAAGGGGAGAUGGACUCAUCCGGAAGUCCCAUUCAGCUCUAAGUGCUCUUGGGUAGUAAAAGUGGCCCAAGAAAUCAGCAACACGAGUGUUCCCAUUUGGGCCCCCGACCUUCUUGUGUGGUGACAUUUGAGCAAGCUCGGAGGGUCUUCUUGUCUGGGCCAACCAUCAGAUGAGUGUCUCCCUGCCCCUGCCCAGCUGCCAGUCCCUUGACCUGGUCCAGGGAGGGAUGAGCUUAAAUCUCCUUAGCCCAUUGCCCAGCCCAGCCCAUCACAGUUUGCCUGGGGUGAGGCUGCUCCAGUCACUUUGGAAAUAAGGGGCCCAGGCUCUGCCUCAUCUUGCCUAGGCUAUAAAUAGCUCCUCUGGCAGCUGCACUAUCAGAGGCCUAGGAACUUGGGGGAGGGAUUGUGUAGGAGGCAGAGGUUUGGCCAGGCCCAGGGGGCAGUGAGGGCCCAUGGGGAGGGUGGUCCUUCCCAGAGGCCAGGGCAUCAGGUAUUGGGGUGAAUCCAAGGAAGUUUGGAAACUCCGCUGGUAACCCAGCUCCCGGGGAACACACUGUCCCCUGGGGUGCCUCCUGAUUCACUUGGGACACCAUGACUCAUGCUUCUCCCCAGAGCUGGGGGGGGGGGGUGGGAGGAAGGAGCAGCUGGGGGCAUUCAGUGAGGAAUCAAUCCUCCCUCCAAAAAGGGGCCAGGGAGCCAAGAGCUCUGGCUCAGGUAGUCUGGACAAGAGUCAAGAACAGUUCAGAGCUGGGGAAUGUAACCCAGGGAAAGGUUGGCUUGGCACUUCUACAGGGCCAACUCAGGCGGAGAGCACCUGGCCAGCCAGAAAGAACAGGUGUGUAGAAGCAGAGGUUGAAAGCCCAGCCUUUUGCAGAGGCAUAACAUCACAGAGUGGGGGGCACCCUUCAAGAUCUAGGUUCUAAUCCUGCCACUGACAUUUUUAACUGGCUGGACAAGUCACUCAGCCUAUUUCCUCAUCUGUAAAAUGGACUUAAUAAGACUAUCUUGUGGAGCAUUGUUAUAGUGAUCAAAUGAGAUUAUAUAUGUAAUUGUUGUUCAGUCAUGUUGGAUUCCAUGCUAAUACUGUCCAGGGGAUUUUCUUGGCAAAUUUACUGGAGAGUUUUGCCAUUUCCUUCCCCAGCUCAUUUGACAGAUGAGGAAACAGAGGCCAACUGGGUUAAAUGACUUGCUGAGGUUCACAUAGCUAAUAUUUGAGGCUGGAUUUGAACUCAGGUUUUCCUAACUCCAGGUCCAACGUUCUAGCCAUUAAAAAAAUAAUCUUACCUACUGUCUUAGUAUCAAUUCUAAGAUGGGAGAGUGACAAAGGUUAAGCAAUCUCAGUUAAGUGACUUGCCCAGAGUCAUACAGUAAGGGAGUAUCUGAAGCCAGAUUAAACCCAAAUGCUCCCAACUCUAGGCUUGGUGCUCUAUCUACUGAGCUACCUAGAUGUGCUCUAUCCAACGAGGUACCUAGCUUCCUAUAUAUUUUUAUAUAUACAUACAUAUAUAUAUAUAUGUUUUGUAUACCUUGGCUCUCUAAAUGUUAGUUAUUAGCUAUUAUCUGGAAGCAGCUAGGGAAAGUGGUAGAGGACUGAAUCUGCAGUUGAGAAAACUUGAAUUCAAAUCUAGCCUCAGAUACAUACUAGCUGUGUGAUCCUGGGUAAGUCACUUAACCUGUAUCUAUCUGUUUCCUCAUGUUGUAAAUAGGGAUAAUAAUAUCUACCAUCCAGGAUUGUUAGGCUCAAAUGAGAUAAGCCAGUUAGGUGGUAGCAGCAGCAGCAGCAGCAGCAGUAGUAGUGAUAGGGGUGGUGGGUAGUUGUGGAAGUAAUCAGCUAGGGAGUACCAAAGUUCAUAGAGUGACUGUCCUGAAGUCAGGAAGACUCAUCUUCCUGAGUUUAAAUCUAGCCUCAGACACCAGCUGUGUGAUCCCGGGCAAGUCAUUUCACCCUGCUUGGUCAGUUACCUCAUCUGUGAAAUGAGCUGGAGAAGAAAAUGGCCAAUCACUCCAGUAUCUCUGCCAAGAAAACUGGAGUGGGGAUCCUGAAGAAUAGAACAUGACUGAAGAAUGACUAACCAACAAGUAGUUGUAAUAGUAGUAGCAAUGAUAGUAAUUCAAUAUUCUUCUUCCGUUUGUAAGUCCUUGCCUUCUGUUUUAGAAUCAAAACAAAGUAUUGGUUCCAAGGCAGAAGAGUGGUAAGGACUAGGUAAAGGGGCAACUUGUCCAGAGUUACACAGCUAGGAAGUGUCUGAGGCUGGAUUCAAACCCACAACCUUCUGUUUCUAGGCCUGGCUUUCUAUUCACUGAGCCAUCUAGAUGCCUUCCAAUGUUUUUCUGAAGCAAUGACUUGCAAGAAUGGGAAGGGCUCUUAGAGAGUAUUCAUCCCAGCCCCUCACUUUACAGGUGAGGCUUAGAAAGAAGUGACUUGGUCAAGGUCCCAAGGCUUCAGUGGAAUAUUGCUAAGUCUUGGACCUUCUUGGAGCUUCUCCAGGGCUAGGUUCCUUUCCCCAUGCCAAAAUAUGGUCCAUUUCCUACCUCACCUCCCUCCACCAUCAGGGCUGUAUCUGGAUCAUGAUAACAUUAUGCCACAACCUCUUCAGGGGAUUCAGCAUAAAGGAUACAUCGUAUAGAGAGAGAAUAACAUUUAUACUCAUGCAUAUGUAUAUAAUACAUAUAAAGGAGAUAGAGUAUCUAUACAGAAUAGCUGUCAUAACUUGACAGUUACAAACUCUUUAAGAACUCUUGAGAAAUGGGAGCGAGUGUCCCGUGAUCUCUCCAGGAGCAUCACACAGCCACACUGAAACAUCCCCAAGGAUGGAUGCAACAAUCAGCCAGCAAGCAUCCUCUGAUUGGCCCAGCACACCGAGCUGUGGUUCCCUCUUCUCUCUGUGCCUUCUCUAUGUCAUUCGUGUUAGGAGCAUGGGGUUGUGGGAAGAGCACGGCAUUUGGAGCCUGCUGUCCUGGGUUUAGAGACCAGCCUUGCCUCUUAACUGCCCAGGGGACCUGAAGAAUGGAACUGUAAGAGCUAGUGUUUAUCCAGUGCCUACUAGGUGUGAGGCAUGGCGCUAAGCACUGGACAAAUAUUAGCUCAUCUGAUCCUCAUAACAACCCUGAGAGCCAAGAGCUAUUAUUAUCAUUUCCAUUUUUAGUUGGGAAAUGUGAGGCAGAGAAGUUAAUUGACUUGUCCAGAGUCACCAAGUCAAUAAGUGUCUGAGGCUGGAUUUGAUCUUAGGUCUCUCUGACUCUAGGUCCAGUGCUGAUUUCUCUUGCUUUAAGCAAGUCAAUUCUCUUUGGGCCUGUGUUUGUCCACUAUAAAAAGGUCUCUUUUUAUUGUGACUAUUUGAAAGCAUUUGGGGUUUUCUUGGCAAAGAUACUGGAGUGGUUUGCCAUUUCCUUCUCCAACUCAUUUGACAGAUGAGGAAACCAAAGCCAACAGGGUGAAGUGACUUGCCAAGGGUCACACAGCAAAGAUACUGGAGUAGUUUGCCAUUUCCUUUUCCAGCUCAUUUGACAAAUGAGGAAACUGAGGCCAACAGGGUGAAGUGACAUGUCCAGAGUCAUACAGUUAGUAUUUGAGGCCAGAUUUGAACUCAAGUCUUCCUGACUCCAAGUCCAGUACUCUAUCCAUUUUAUAACCUAGCUACCCCAAAUUGUUUUAUUUUUUUAUUGCUUCCUUUCAUUUGUAUCUGAUUCUUCAUGACAUCAAUUGGGAUUUUCUUGGCCAUGAUACUGGUGUUUUGCCAUUUCCUUCUCUAGCUCACUUUACAGAUGAGGAAACUGAGGCAAGCAGGACCCAUGGUCACCCAGCUAAUGUCUGAAGUUGGAUUUGAACUCAUGAAGGUGACUCUUCCUGAUCCCAGUCCAGUGCUCUAUCCUCUGAGCUACCUAGCUGCCCCCAAAAAAAGUCUCUAGAGGAAAGCCAUCAUGAGGAUCAAAGGACUCAAAACUACAUCCUAAGAAGAGUCAUUGAAACAGGAUCCUGAUUAAAGUCUUUUGGAUAUUCUCUAC